AUGGCGGCGGCGGCGGCUCUGGCAGCGGUCGAUCCCCCUCCUUCGAUGCCGCAGGCGGCAGGGACUGGAGGGCCCACAGCCCGCCGGGACUUCUACUGGUUGCGAUCCUUCCUGGCUGGAGGUAUUGCUGGAUGCUGUGCCAAAACAACAGUGGCUCCUUUGGAUCGAGUAAAGGUCUUAUUACAAGCUCAUAAUCACCAUUACAAACAUUUAGGAGUAUUUUCUACAUUACGUGCUGUUCCCCAGAAGGAAGGCUAUCUUGGUUUGUAUAAAGGAAAUGGUGCAAUGAUGAUUCGAAUAUUUCCCUAUGGUGCAAUCCAGUUUAUGGCAUUUGAGCAUUAUAAGACGUUAAUUACUACCAAACUGGGCGUUUCGGGUCAUGUGCACCGAUUAAUGGCUGGAUCCAUGGCAGGUAUGACGGCAGUUAUCUGUACUUACCCUCUUGAUAUGGUCAGAGUCCGCCUAGCAUUCCAGGUGAAAGGGGAGCACACCUAUACAGGAAUAAUUCAUGCAUUUAAAACAAUUUAUGCAAAGGAAGGCGGUUUCCUGGGAUUUUACAGAGGCCUGAUGCCUACUAUAUUAGGAAUGGCUCCUUAUGCAGGUGUUUCAUUUUUUACUUUUGGUACCUUAAAGAGUGUUGGGCUUUCCCAUGCGCCUACCCUUCUUGGCAGACCUUCAUCAGACAAUCCUAAUGUCUUAGUUUUGAAAACUCACAUAAAUUUACUUUGUGGUGGUGUUGCUGGAGCAAUAGCACAGACAAUAUCUUAUCCUUUUGAUGUAACUCGUCGGCGGAUGCAAUUAGGAACUGUUCUACCUGAAUUUGAAAAGUGCCUUACCAUGCGGGAGACGAUGAAGUAUGUCUAUGGACAGCAUGGAAUUCGAAAAGGAUUAUAUCGUGGUUUAUCUCUAAAUUACAUUCGCUGCAUUCCCUCUCAAGCAGUGGCUUUUACAACCUAUGAACUUAUGAAGCAGUUUUUUCACCUCAAUUAAAACAAAAAUAUCCCCCUUAAUAUGCUGUCACAAGGGGAAAUAAAAUGUUACUUUAAUUGGGGGGAACAUUACUUGAAGGGGGAUAUAUUUAUCUUUUCACAGGAACCACUGGUAUUUUAGUACUUGAUUUUUUUU